AUGUCUUCCAUAGAGCCCAUUAUAGUCAGGGGCCUCAACGAUAAACUUUACGACAAGAGAAAGGCAGCCGCACUCGAUCUCGAAAAGUUGGUGCGCGAAUGCCACACGUCUGGAGACUCACAUCGAAUCAAUAACAUCAUCGACCAACUUAUUGACCUGUUCUCAUCGACGACCAACCCAUUACACGCACGAAAUGGAGGGCUGAUUGGUCUUGCCGCCGCAGCUAUAGCACUGGGGGUUGAAGUGGCGGUCUACAUGGACAAAUUUAUCGGACCGCUCUUGAGGUGCUUCGAUGAUUCGGAGAGCAGGGUGCGAUACUUUGCGUGCGAGAGCAUGUACAAUAUUGCCAAGGUGUCCAAGGGAGAAAUCCUAGUCUACUUCAACCCUAUUUUCGACCAUCUUAGCCGGCUGGCGGCCGACGCCGAAACUUCGGUCAAGAAUGGUGCAGAGCUACUCGACAGGCUCUUGAAGGAUAUCGUUGCCGAAUCCGCACCUGUUUACUUUCCCCAGUUCCCAGAAACCGAAAAGGCUCGUCAAAAACAGGACGACGCGCACAAGCUCAAACAAGAUGGCGUGCUUGUCUCACAGUCUGAGUUUCCGGGUGCCCGGAAAGCAUUUUCGCUGGCCAACUUUAUUCCCCUCUUGGCUGAACGUAUUCACGUUAUUAGUCCAUUCUCGAGGAGCUAUUUGGUCUCUUGGAUUACCGUUUUGGACUCGGUCCCUGAUCUGGAGCUUGUGACGUACUUGCCGGAGUUUUUAGAUGGGUUGCUUAAGUACCUAUCGGAUCCUACCGAGGAUGUCAAGGUCGCAACCGAGGGUGUGCUAGCCGACUUUUUGCACGAAAUCCAGGAAAUUACGCUUCUGCAGAAACGAAAGGAGGAAAGGGCACGGGUUGCGCGCGAGGCUCUGGCUGCGCAAAGUGAGAGGGCGGAGGAAAACAAGACGGUUCCACCAGGCGGCGAUGCGGAUAAUGAACAACUUAGUCGUGGUGCGUUCAUGCCGGAUGGAGAGGCCAAGCCUCCGAUAGAUGCAACAAACAAGGCACCUGAAGGUGAAGCCGCCCAUGAGUCAGGAGCUUGGGUACCCGGCCAAGGCGUUAAAGUUAACCAUGCGGCCAUAGUAGAGAUCCUAAUAAAUCAGUUGGAUCCAUCUCAUAUCAACCUGAGAACAGAGGACGAGAUCCAGCAAACUACAGCCCUAGGAUGGAUAUCCAAGUUCCUAGAAUUCGCACCAGAAGUAGUAGUUCCAUUCACGCCACGCUUAACACCCGCUAUCCUCCCCAAUUUAGCACACCAUAUACCUGCAAUGCAAUCGGCCGCUGCCCUAACUAAUCAGAAGCUCUUUUCACUCAUUCAAAGUCUUCCUUCGCCCUCUGUGGCAAGUGGUGGAGUUGUCUCAUCUUCCGCUCAGUCCUUCCGAAACGCCCCUUCGUCCCCAAUCUCUUCUACACCCAGGGCUACUCUAACAGAAACUACCGUACCAAACGAUAGUAGCGAUAAGCAGCAAGUUCAGGCUAGCAAGCUUCGCACAACAACUCUUCCUGGGGACGCGGCUUCAGUCGCCAGUGGCUCAGCUAUCGAAUUGUCACAAGGAUCGGCCAGUCGCCCACAUUCACCGAUUCCCUCGGCAUUGGCGGAAGAGCCGGAUCCAUUCGACUACCAAUCUACAGUCAACGGACUGACCAUUCAGUUCUUGAGUGAACACGAAGAAACCCGUAUUUUUGCACUCAAGUGGCUAAUUAUGUUACAUCAAAAAGCCCCAAAGAAGAUACUCUCCAUGGACGAUGGUACCUUCCCCGCCCUUUUGAAAACACUAUCUGAUACAUCUGAAGAGGUUAUCAAAUACGACCUCCAACUCCUUGCACAAAUUUCGUCCAGUUCUGAGGAGGGUUAUUUCAAGGCCUUUGUUGUCAAUUUGCUUGAACUUUUUAGCACCGAUAAGGGUUUACUCGAUAACCGGGGUAGUUUGAUCAUCAGGCAGCUCUGCAUGAGCUUGAACACAGAGCGCAUAUAUCGCACUUUUGCUGAGAUUCUGGAGAGGGAAGAGGAUCUGGAAUUCGCGAGUGUGAUGGCUCAGAAGCUCAACAUCAUCCUUAUUACAUCCCCCGAGCUAUCUGACUUUAGGAAACGUCUCAAGAAUCUUGAAUCUCGCGACGGCCAAGCGCUGUUUACUACGUUAUACCGAUCCUGGUGUCAUAAUGCAGUGUCACUGGUCACGCUUUGCCUGCUUGCCCAAGCAUACGAACAUGCGUCGAACUUAUUGGCUCUUUUCGGAGAGCUCGAAAUUACACUUCAGUUACUCGUGCAAAUCGAUAAGCUAGUCCAAUUGAUCGAAUCACCUGUAUUCACCUCUCUACGCCUUCAACUCCUCGAACCAGACAGAUACCCUUACCUAUUCAAAUGUCUUUAUGGUCUACUCAUGAUUCUCCCCCAGAGCUCAGCGUUCCUUUCCUUGAGCCGACGAUUGGGUGCAGUUGGUUCAAUGGGGGUCCAACACAUGCCUCCAAGGGCAUCAACCGUAGCAACCCAAGUAGCGAAUCGCACCAAAGUCACUCGAGACGAGAUAAAGUGGCAAGAGCUCUUAUCACACUUCCGAGCUGUGCAGGCCAAGCACGAGAAGGCAAGAAGACGAGACUUGGCGAUUGAACCAGAGUUCUCGUUUAUGGAUCAAACGGAAUCGGACCGCAGUCAGCCAUCUUCGGUUCGCCCGAAUAUGCGUCGGAAGCCCAGCCAGCCAAACGACGUGCCCACGGGUCGACCAAGCGGUCCGCUAUCACCGUUGAACCCGAAACGUGGAGGAAUAUUGGGUUCGGCUAUUUCUAACGCGAGCGCGAGUGGGCGGCCGUUGAGUCCUACGGCUGCGGCGAGGGAUAGGGGUAGAAAGUCUACUACACCCAUUAUACCUGGGUGCAUACAACUUAUGGACAACGAAGAAUAUCUACUCAUGAUUUUGGCUGAUGGGAACCUACCAACGGGUGCAUUCGUGGCCUCGGCUGGCCUAGAGUCAUACAUCAAACAUGGUCACCCAGACGGUUCGAGUUCGACAGCUCCAGAAUCGACAAUCAACUUUAUGCGCGACAACUUACACAGCUAUGCGCAUAGCGCUAUUCCCUUUGUUCAACAUGCAAACCGCAUAAUGGACAACUACAAGGCCACUGGCGACGACACGGAUGCACUAAACAGACUACUAGAAUUAGACGAUUUAUACGACAAGAUGACACUCAACCAUGUUUCCCGACGAGCUUCGAAAACCCAAGGCGUCGCACUCUUGACGCUCUAUUCAAAAGGGUUUAGUCUGCCCCUGGUUCUGCGCCAACCCCCUGGCGAGGCUCAGCCGGAGAGUGAAGACAAGACGAGUCGACUUGUGGACACGCUCAAGCUCAGAAUCCGACAAGGCUGUACGCCAGGCCAUUUACCCAUCUGUUGGAGCGUUUUAACGAGUGGGUUGGAACUGAGCUCUGAACGGAGCAUAGAGGUGCACUUGUUUCUCUACGCACGGUCAAUACUCUCUUCAGCUAUCCGAUUGAACACACUGGGCCCAUAUAGCGCUCAACAACUUUUGCUUCACAUUGUCAAACCGCUAGUUCGAGAUAUCACCAAGUCCAAGUUUGGAAGCGUGACUGCAGCUGGGAUAAGUAAGAUUGGAACAGAGGAGGAAGGGGACGAAGACACAGAUGGUCCAGCAAAUACUUGGCCCUCGGAGAGAUCUUAG